GGGCAGAGGCGAUGGCACUUUGGCUCAAGUUCUGCUCUUUCUUUUUUUCUCUCACGGCCUGCCUCGAUGGCCCGCGCCUGGCCGUCUCCGCCGGAGGGACUAGCAGCGGCGGCGGCAGCGGCAGGAAAGGAUCCGCGAGCGAGGCUUGCGUCUGGAUGGGCCUCUCUCCAAAUGGAAAGAAUAUUGGACUGCCUAAUAUUACCUUUAAAUAUGACAAUUGUACUCCUUAUUUGAAUUCAGUAGGAAAACAUGUCAUUGGAGAUGUACAGAACAUCACUAUUAGUCAAUACGCGUGCUCUGAUCAAGUUGCAGUGACUGUAUCGUGGACAGCCAACCCCAUUGGUAUUGAAUUUCUGAAAGGAUUUCGAGUUAUACUUGAAGAAUUAAAAUCGGAAAGAAGACAAUGUCAGCAGUUGCUUUUAAAAGACCCAAAACAGCUCAACUCAAGUUAUAAGUGGACUAGAGUGGAAUCUCAGCCCUUCCUAAAUCUGAAAUUUGAAACUGACUACUUUGUAAAGAUUAUUCCUUUUCCAUCCAUUAAGAAUGAAAGUAACUACCAUCCUUUUUUCUUCAGAACUCGGCCUUGUGAAUUGCUGCUGCAACCAGACAACCUGGUCUGCAAACCUUUUUGGAAGCCAAGAAGCUUGAAUAUUACGCAGCAAGGUUUUAAUAUGUAUGUAUCUUUUGAACAUGCACCACAUAACUUUGGAUUCAGAUAUUACUACCUGCACUACAAGCUCAAAACUGAUGGACAGUUCAAACAGAAGAUUUGUAAACAGGAAAAGAAUACAGAUGCAACAACUUGCAUUCUUCAGAAUGUCUCACCUGGAGAUUAUAUCAUUGAGCUUGUUGAUGAUACCAACACAACAAGAAAAUCAAUGCACUAUGUGUUAAAGCCAGUGCACUCCCCAUGGGCAGGUCCAAUAAGAGCAGUAGCCAUUACAGUACCCUUGGUUGUCAUCUCUGCAUUUGCAACACUUUUUACAGUGAUGUGUCGCAAAAAGCAACAAGAAAAUAUCUAUUCCCAUUUAGAUGAGGAGAGUUCUGAAUCUUCUACCUACUCUGCAUCUCUCCAUGUGGAAAGGCAGCAGCCUCGGCCCAAAGUCUUCCUCUGCUAUUCCAAUAAAGACUGCCAGAAGCACAUUAAUGUCAUCCAGUGUUUUGCCUUUUUCCUUCAGGACUUUUGUGGUUGUGAGGUUUCUUUAGACUUAUGGGAAGAUCUGAAAAACUCUAAAGAAGAUCAGAAAGAGUGGCUUCACCGGAAAAUCAAUGAAUCCCAAUAUAUUAUCGUUGUAUGUUCAAAAGGAAUGAAAUAUUUUGUGGAGAAAAGGAGCUGGAAGCACAAGAGAUCCAGGGACAAGGAUACUGGGAAAGGAGAACUCUUUCUGGUUGCCAUAGCUACCAUAGCAGAGCAGCUACGUCAUGCAAGGCAAAAUUCACGUGACCUCUGCAAGUUCAUUGCUGUUUACUUUGAUUAUUCCUGUGAAGGUGACAUUCCUGGAGUACUAGAUUUAACCACAAAGUACAAGCUUAUGGACAACCUGCCUCAGCUUUAUGCUCAUUUAAAAUCCAAAGAUCUUAGCUUUCAUGAUUCAGAAUUGUAUCCUGUACAUAUUAGCAAAAGAAAUUAUUUCAGGAGUAAGUCUGGACGAUCGCUCUAUGUUGCCAUUUGUAACAUGCAUCAGUAUAUUGACCAGGAGCCUGACUGGUUUGAGAAGCAGUUUGCGUCUUUCUUCCCAACACCUUUACGUUGUCUGGAUCCAGUGAUAGAAACUUUUGACUCUGGCUUGGUAUUGAAUGACUUAGUCAAUAAACAAGUGACUGAUGGAGAUUUUUAUCUAAAAGUAGAUGCAAACGUUGUUCCUCCUUUGCAUUCAGACUCUCUUAGUGCGACCCAGCAUUUGAAUCUUGGGCUGGAUAGAGAAUCUCAGGACAUUCAGAAUACUAGCUCUAUUCUUCAGCCAUUGCUGCAUGUUGUAAAAGCAGCCAAUCUGCCAGACAUGCCCCGAGAUUCGGGAAUUUAUGAUUCCUCUGUUCCUUCAUCUGAACUGUCACUACCUUUAAUGGAUGGACUCUUAACAGAUCAAACUGAAACAUCUUCUAUUGCAGAGAGUGUUUCUUCCUCAUCGGGACUGGGAGAAGAUGAACCUCCUUUGCUUGCUGCCACCAAAUCCCUCGUGCCUGGAAUAUGUAAAGCAGAACUUCAUUGCUGUAUCCACACGGAAGAACUGCAGGCAAUUGCACCUUUAUAA